AUAUUCCGGCUGCCGACAUCCGGCCCGAGUUCGCAGAAGGGGAAACGGAUGACUCGCCUGCUGCGUUGAGGUUGAACCCUGCAGACCGAACCCUCUCCGAGGGGCCGAUUCAGGAGCGACUCGAACCCCGACAAGGAGCGACUUUGACCGGCGAGGACGACGACACGACGGCGCCGGGCUCCACGAGCUGGUUGUGACGUCACGUUUUGAGCUGCUGAUGCAGUGAUGACAUCGACCUCCACAGAGCGAGUCCCCAUCCACUAAACCGUCCUGCACCAAUGACCCGCCUCCUCUGACGCCACCUUCUGUUGACCAGUGGGCGGGGCUGGCCCGGCUCAGGGUAGUGGUGGUGUUGGGUGGUGGUGUUGGGUGCGUGGCCAAAGAUGGACAGCCGAUGCAGCAGCAGCGCCGAUUCCCGGCUGACCGGCAGGGGGAUGGGCUCCAUCAACACCUACCCGAGGGUGGAGUCGUGCGAAGCCGGGGAGAAGAAGUGCAUCUCGGACGUGAGGAGGACCUUCUGCCUCUUCGUCACCUUUGACUUCCUGUUCAUCACCAUGCUCUGGAUCAUAGAGCUCAAUGUGAACGGCGGCAUUCAGAAGCAGCUGGAGAAAGAAGUCCUGCACUACAACUACCGCGCCUCCUUCUUCGACAUCUUUCUCCUGGCGGUGUUCCGGUUCGCCUCUCUCAUCCUGGCCUACGCAGUCUGUAAGCUCCGUCACUGGUGGGCCAUCGCAAUCACGACUGCAGUCAGCUGUGCUUUCUUGAUUGUUAAAGUCAUUUUAUCAAAGCUGCUGUCUCAGGGGGCCUUCGGGUACCUGCUGCCCAUCAUCUCCUUCGUGUUGGCCUGGAUAGAAACUUGGCUGCUCGACUUCAAGGUUCUGCCUCAGGAGGCCGAGGACGAAAACAGAUAUCAGUCCAUCGUGGAGGCCGCCGAUCGAGCGCCUCUCAUGUGUCCGGGUCCUUUAUCCGACGGGCAGUUCUACUCGCCUCCGGAGUCCGUGGCAGACUCCGACGACGACCUGGAUGACAAACACGAGCCAGAAAAAGGGCUCAUUCAGCAGGUGAUCUAGCGGGAUCUCCACUUCCCUUCCUGCUCCUAUUGUGCUACUUGAGGAGGAAAUGCUGCCUUACACAUUCUGCCAAAAAAAACAAGUCUUUGUAUAAUCAUUCAUCGCCACGAAUGCACCGCUGUUUCUGAAAAUCGGCCUUUCUGCAUGUGCACCCGGGACGGCGCCGCUCAAAAAGCAACUUCCGUAUCACGACCUGUUGACUUUCUGGGUUUCUGUUCUCCUCACGUUUUAAUAAACUCUGGAGCGCCGAGGAGAAGUGAUAUUCAUGGAUAUUACACCGAGAAGAAGAAUGUGAUUUGUUGUAUUUCAGCGUCGGCCCAGUAAAGUGUUUUUAACAAAAAACCUUCGAACAAACAAAACGUUUAUUAUUCUUUCUCGACGUAAUUGAUGCCUUUUUUUUUUUAUUUGAUUUGCUGAUAAUUUUUCACCCGCUUGGGUUCAGUCACUGUAAAGGAAUAUGUUGUUGUUGUUGUUGUUGUUGUUGUUGUUCAGCUAGUGUCACCGCUAAUGGACGACGCUCGAAGCAAACGAGAGGAGUAAUAUUUCAUAUUUAACUGCCGUUUAAUAACUGAGAAGCGGCUUGCGCGAAAAAUCAUUACGGCGUCGAGAUUUGAAGAACAUCAUCUGCGAAGUAUUAUUUGACUUUAAUGCUGAACGAGCACUUCAACGUGAAGCUCGAGCUGCUCUGUAGCGACUGUACACACUGAGCCCCAAAAAAAGCUGCUAUGGAACGCAGUCGGAGCUCAAGGUAUGAUCAAUAAAUGAAAAUACAUGUGCGUAUCUUCAUGCAUGCCAUUGCGAGCCGAGUGGAUUUGUUUUUAUGAAAAGCUUGUCUAACAUGGAAUCAUUAAAAUGUGAAAUCUUG